UAGCCUCAUUAACUCAGUCUCUCUGAGUCUCAUCUCAGCUCACCCUAUAGAGAGAGAGAAACAGGCCUUGUGAGUACCGAGUAUUCUAGAGAGAGAAAUUAUUGUAUACACACACCAUUCUAGAGAUACUGAGAGACAGCAUAACAAGUGUGUGGCCUCUGAAACGGAGAAGACCAGUUCUCUGAAUUCCACACUGUCAUAAGAUCAAAGGGUGCUUAAAAAGGCUAGCUAGUGAAGUGGGUUAGUUAUAUUAGAGUGUGUGACUGUGUGAACAAGUUGAGGCAAUGUUGGACUACGAAUGGGGCAACCCAUCACAGAUCAUGCUCACCGGCGACGAAACCAACCAAGAUUCCGAUCAGAGCCGUCAGCUUUUCGAUCACUACCACCAAGCAUUCAACGAAACCAUAGUGAAUCCAAGUGGGUUUGGGCAAAACCCACACCAUGACUUUCAUCAUCAACACGCACAUACCCACCAAGCCCAGACCCAUUUGCACUCUUUUUAUGACCCACGCGCUUACGGCGCGUCGUUCUCAACUCCCGGUCCGGCGAUGUUGUCGCUGGAGUCGAUGGGCGGGGCAACCUCCGGUCCGGGUGGGUUCAUGGUGGUGCCCAAGAGUGAACCGGGCGGGGGAGGGGUCGAUUUCACGGCGAGAAUUGGGCUGAAUUUGGGUGGCCGGACGUAUUUCUCGUCGUCGGAGGACGACUUCGUGAAUCGGCUGUACCGCCGGUCCAGGCCUUUGGAUCCCGGUUCGGUCAACUCUCCAAGGUGUCAAGCUGAGGGCUGCAAUGCCGAUCUGACCCACGCCAAGCACUACCACCGCCGCCACAAGGUCUGCGAGUUUCACUCCAAGGCCGCCACCGUCAUCGCCGCUGGGUUAACUCAACGAUUCUGUCAACAAUGUAGCAGGUUCCAUCUUCUUUCUGAAUUUGAUAAUGGCAAAAGAAGCUGCCGGAAAAGAUUGGCCGAUCACAACCGGCGCAGGCGAAAAUCUCAGCAACCUAACCAAGAGCGCAAGCCUCAGCUCGAAAAUGCUCAUAAUUCAACCACAUCCCAAAACCAUGCAAGGUCUCCAAUGGACACAGGAGCUCAGUCUUCCUCGGUGACGGUGGCAAUCUCACCGCCUCGGAUAUCACUGGACUGUUUCCGGCAAAGGCCGUUUCAAGCUGCCACCACCUCUUCGGCAUCAACAAGUUCACUGUUUUUCACAAAUGGGUAACGUUUGGGGAGUGUGAAAAUGGAAAAUUUCCAUUGCUAAAAUGCUUGGAUGAUGAGGAGUAUCAAUGACAUACUGAAGAUCAAGAUCAACCAAUACGUACAACAGUUGUUGAACUUCUAGUUAAUUUUCCAUUUUCCUUGAAUUUAAGUCUUUGCACAAAAGAUGGGUGUUAUAGAGACAUCAAAUGUAGUAUUAAGUACCUAUUUUAAUUUGUUAAUUUCCAAGAAAAUGUUUCAAGCCUCUUAGUUUAAUUAAUGACUAAAAAUGUGAUUUGGGGAAAUUAAUUGAGUAUAUAUAGUGGGAAUUUUCUUUUUAUUGUA